UAGGCAUGUAGAGACUAGUCAGUUGCCCCUCCCCAUUCCCCCCUCUCGUCUUCUUGGAGGGAAACCUGCCAUUUCGGGAAAGAAUCGAACGCCGCCACCGCCGCCUCGCUCCUCUCCCCGUCCGUCCGGGACCUCCGGGUAGGAUAGGAAAGUAAAGGGAAGAAGAACCGGAUGAUGGCCGCCGGCGAGGAGGCCGCGACGGCCUUCGUGGAGACGAGCCUCGGCACCCGCAUCGCCGUCUCCUUCCCCGCCCCCAACACCACCGUCGCCCACCUCAAGCGCAUAGUGAGCGACGAGCACGCCGCGUCGUUCCCCCGCACCGUCCAAAUCGCCGUCGAGUACUUCAAGGUCAGACGAAGGGGGUCCUGGUACCACCUCGCCGACUCCGUGCCGGUCCGGGCCGCCUUCCACGGCGUCAGGGGGGCAUGGCACCUCCACGCGCACGUCCUGCCUCACUCUGCCGCUGCUGCUGCUCACUCUGAAUGCAAUGUACACAUGCUGCAUCAUGUGCUCUGCUCCCACCAAAAUGCCAUCGGUGACGCGGCGGUGGCCGCUCAAGGAUCCGACGCUCCGGCGACGGACCAGCAGGAUGGACACGGUCACCCUGGGGACGCUCAUCAAGAUGGCUAUAGUCCUGUGACGGGGCAACAGUUGGCAGGUGUGACCGAGGCACUGAGAGGGAGGAAACGUUUCAGGGUGAAAGAAGAUGGAGACCGUGGUCAGAGUGUCCUUGCUGGCUGUGAUGGCGGUUCUCUCGCCGCCCUUGUUUACUCCGUCAGACAAGAUGGUCAGAAUGAGUGCACACAUAAUUCAACGUCGAAAAGGAUUUGCGCGGCGCGAGAGGAUGGACUUUUGGAUGAAGUGGGUGCCAAUACUGUAGGUAGCGGUGGCGACGUCGCUGCUCGCUCAAAGAUGCUUGAAGAUGAAGGUGCUUUGGGCGAAUCGUGUUGCCACGAUGAAGGAAUGGAGAAGGAAGAGGAUGCGGUGUCGGUUAGACCAUCAGACCUGGCUGAACCACCAGCAGAGCUGCGUGAUCAUGAGGCCAAGUCCAUGACAAAUGAUGAAGAGCCAAAACUCUGCUUCUCGGUGAAACAACCAGUUGAGUUGCAUGAUCAUGUGGCCAAGUCCACAACAAGUGAUGAAGAGCCAAAACUCUGCUUCUCGGCGAAACAACCAGUUGAGCUGCAUGAUCAUGAGGCCAAGUCCAUAACAAAUGAUGAAGAGACAAAACUCUGCUUCUCGGUGAACGAGAAUUACUUCUCUGCAGCCACAGAAAAACUUGCUGAUGAAGGGAUGACACAAGAGAAAGUUGUUGAGCAACAAGAUCACCUUGACAUCUCAGGCGCUGAAGUAGUACUACAGAACUGUAACUCCAAAGAUACCUCAACGAUUCAUUCUGAGCAUGUAUCUGAUUGUCAUCAAAAUGAUGGGUCAUCAAGGAGCUUCUGCAAGAGUUCAAACCGUGAAAUGCUGACUGAUCAGGUUGCUGACCGUGACCGUGUUUGCUCGGACGUUGAAAGGGCACCCCAGGAGAAGGAAAAUGAUCAUACAAGUGACCCCUUGCUGCAUGAUUUGGAUGAUUGUGCGCAUAGUUUAGGCGAAAAGCCAAUCUGUGGCCAGAAGGAGCCAUCGAUAGCUGAGGGAUGCAAUAGCGCAAGCAGCAAGAAAGGAAAAGAUCUCCCGCCUUGUUCUGAGACAUUCAAAGAAGUUAAUUCUUCAGAAAAAGAAGCGAUGGCAAACAAAGUAAAGGGAAAGGAACCAUGGACAGCCAAUGCAUGCAACGGCGAAAGCAGCAGCAAAGGAAGAUAUCGGUCACCACGUGCUGGGUCCAUGGAAUACGGCAAAUCUUCAGGAAACGAAGAGAUGGCACAGAAAGUUAAGGAAAAGGAAAUAUGGACAGCCAAGGCGUGCAACGGUGAGAGAAGCAGGAACAAAGGAACUGAUCAUCCACCUUGUGCUGGGUCCAUGAGAGAAGGCAAUUUUUCAGAAAAAGAAGGGGUGACACAUGGGGAGAAUCAGAGCACAAGAACAGUCACAUUGGUCGAUGUGGAUGGAACCAAAUGGGAAGUGAAACUAGACGACUCUUUCGAACUUGGUCCGCCAGAAAGAAGCAGUUUUUCCUGGUCAGAAAAGGAAGAUGCUGAAGAAACCCAUAGCGGCUCGGCGAAACCACAUCAGAAUGCUGAAGAAUGUCCAGAGGGUGCACCUGAAAAUGGAGUAACUAGGGUACCGACCGAGAGGAGCGAUCUUUCACGACAUGGUUCCUUCAAGACCCCGACGCCCACUGGUCCAACAGAAUCAAAGCACGCAGGGAGCACAUCAGCUAAUGGCGAUGAACAGGGGGCAUGGGAGAGAAGAAGGCGACCGAGGGCUGUAGUUCAGAAAAUACCGAAUAGCAGGGCAGCGGAGAUGUAUGGCUACAGGUGAAAACCCGGAAAAGAAUGAAGAAUGGCACAUUUUGGCAUGGAGGGAGCAGCAUGAGAUGGAAAAAUAAAUAUGCAGGAGGAUCUUGCAUUUUGCCUUGGAAACCAGCUAACUUAACCUGAAUGGCCAUGGACGUUUUCGAUUUGCUGUUAUUCUCUUCCAAUUUUAUGCACUUAUCAAGAAUGCAAUGUUGACUGGUGUACUGAAUGUGCGAUGCUUUAUUUGUCCCAUCGAACCUAAAGCUAAAAAAUGCUUAGAAAAACAGUGGGCGGCAUCUGUUUUGUGUGGCACAUGAUCGCCUAAGUCAAGCAUUGUCAUUGGCAAUCACCUAAGGUGCUUCGACCUCACUAGUUGUUCAUCUGGUGCAGGUCUCAAUCAAAAAUAUUCCGUUCCAA